GUGUGUCUCUCUUAUUCCGUCUUUCUCUCAGUGUGUUCGUGGAUCUGUUCGGGACGGUUCGGAAUAACUGGAUUAUUAUCAGGACGCGUUUAUGAAGUGGUUUCUGUUAGUGAGAGUCCACGUGAUUCGAUUUCUCGAACGGCGCGAGUUCUGCGAUUUAAAUUUUAACGGAUUUUUCUGUGAUUCUAACGCUUUUAAUAUCGUAAGUUUGUCAUGAGCGCUUCUGAAAACCCGAACGAGUCCAAACUUGAGGCGGUGAUUCAGAGGUUGGAGGAGAGCGUUCUGUCUGAGGAGAAGCGGCUGACGGUUCGAGGAUCUUCUCCAGAUGAACCUCCGGCCUCUUUACCGGCCCGCGUGCGAGAGAUCGUCUCCAGGAACCUGAGCGACAGCGCUGGAGGCAUGUCGUCGGGUCUGUCUCUUCAGGACGAGAACCGGGUUCUGCAGGCAGAACUGAGUCGUGUGGAGGAUCUUCUGGCUCACAGUCGAGCAGAACGAGAUGAGCUGGCCAUCAAAUACAGCGCCAUCAGCGAGAGAUUGGAGCAGGCGCUGCGUUUGGACGCGGGCGAGGAGGGACUGGACUCUCCAGAGUCUCGCAGUCUGGCGCAGCAGAACGUAGAUCUGCGCAGACGUCUGGACGAGGAGCAGGCGGCGUAUAAGCGCAAACUCACGGCGUAUCAGGAGGGGCAGCAGAGACAAGCGCAGCUCGUACAGAAACUACAGGCCAAGGUCCUCCAGUACAAGAAGAAGUGUGCGGAUCUCGAGCAGACGCUGCUGGAAAGAUCCACCGCUCAGUGUGACAGUAACGGCCACCGGCGGGACGAGGAUGAGCCGAGCAGCGAGCUGGAGAGCGCCCUCAUCCGGCUGGAAGAGGAACAGCAGAGGAGCAGCGGCCUGUCCGCCGUCAACGCUAUGCUGCGGGAGCAGCUGGAACAGGCCGGACUGGCCAAUGAGGCGCUCAGCCAGGACAUCCGCAGACUCACGGCCGAUUGGACCAAAGCCAGGGAGGAGCUGGAGCAGAGGGAGUCUGAUUGGAGGAGAGAGGAGGAGUCUUUCCACAGUUACUUCAGCAGCGAGCACAACCGUCUGCUGGCGCUCUGGAGGCAGGUGGUGGGCUUCCGCAGAUACGUGUGCGACCUGAAGAGCGCCACCGAGAGGGAUCUGUGUGAGGUGCGUAACGAGCUGUCGUGCGCGGCGCAGAGCGUGCAGCUGCAGUGCGUGAGCGUGUGCGCGGCCCUGCGCAGUCGUGAGGACGGGUCUGCGCUGCUGCUCGAGAGAGAGACGGGUCAGAGACUGCAACUGGAGCAGCAGCUCAGAGAGACGGUGAACGAGAUGAUGACGCUGCAGGCCAAGAGCGACUCCGAGAGAGCCGAACUCAACACACGGCUUGUGGAUGCAGUGAGAGAGCUGGAGCGUCUCAAGGCUCGUGUGGAGGACAGAGAACAGGAAGUCACAACACUCAACAGGAAACUACAGGAUCAGAGGAGUCUUGAGGAGACAGAAGUUCAUUCAAUGAAGAAACACACUGCAGCACUGCAGAACACACUCCGAGACAUCACACAGCUGGUAUUGUCUGACAGUGACGGUGUGGACGAAAACACUGAAGAGUCUCUGCUGCCACUGCUGCGCUCUUCAUCAUCAUCAUCAUCAUCAUCAUCAUCAUCAGCAGCCGUGAUCCCUGACAGCUGUCUGUCUGCACUGCGCUCCACUCUGACCAGCAGACAGAUACAACUACAGGAGCUGCGUGAGCGUCUGCAGUCUGCGCAGUCUUCGGUGCAACAGCUGCGCAAGCAGCAGGGGGAGGCGGAGUCAGGCCGGCGGGAGGCGGAGCUCCGCGUGCAGACGCUGCAGGCAGAGAGAGACGAGGCUCAGCAAGAGAGAGAGACCGCUGUGAGAGAUCGAGACCGACUGAGACAGGAGAGAGACGCGAUGAGCAGCGAGAAGGACGCGGUGGAUAAGGCCGCGCAGGCGGCGCAGACGCAGGUGCAGCUGCUGCAGUUGGAGUGCGACAGGCUGCAGCUGGCCGUCACGUCUGCGCAGAGAGAACGCGAACACGAACGGGAGGAAAGAGACGCCGCCGCGCUCGAGAGAGAACGAGCACGAGCCGAGACCGACAGAAUUCAGCAGCUGUGGGAGGAGUCAGAGCGUCGCGCCUCUUCACUGCGCGCUGAACUGGCGGCGCUGAGGGAGUCUCUCCAGCAGGGGGCGACAGACCGACAGCUGAUGGAGGCCGAGAACAGACAGCUGAGCGACGCACUCAACAGGAGCGGCAGCAGUCACACUGAACUCUCUCUAGUGCUCAACAAGCUUCAUUCAGAGGAGUCGUCACUCAGAGAUUCUCUCGCUAAGAUGAGCGGCAUUAACGAGAGUCUCGCGCAGGACAAAUCUGACCUCAACAGCCUCAUCGUACAGCUGGAGGAGGAAAAGAGUGUGUUACUGUCUCAGCGAAGAGAAGCGGAACAGGAGAAACUGACCAUCAGAGAUGAGCUCGUCCGCUCCGAGCAGGACCGACUGGAGCUGGACUCCGUCCGUCUCGCUCUCCACCAAUCGCUGCGGGAGUCUGAGCUGGCCAGGGCGGGGCUGGAGGCGGAGCUUCAGUCCUUGCAGGCCGACAGAGCCAAACUCCAGGACAGAAUCACACAGCUGAUUGGUGAGGUGGGCGCUUUGGAGGCGGAGCUCGGUUCUCUCCGCGGCGAAGGAGACAGGCAGAGCGGCGCUCUCGAGGAGGCGGUGCGUGGGCGGGCGGAGCUUGUGCGAGAGAGGGCGGGGCUUCUGGUUCAGCUGACGGCGUCGGAGAGAGAGAACGCCGCCCUGACGGAGGAGCUCGCCGCCUUCAGGACGGAGCGAGAGAGUCUGGAGACGAGCCUGUUCGAGCUGCAGCAGCAGAUCAAUCAGAUCGAGUCCCGACGCGAACAGCUGGAGUCAGAGAACCAGAACCUGAGACUGCGCACUGACAGCACGACAGCGGAGCUGAAGCGUUUGCGCGCUGACAGAGAGACGGUUCUGUCUCAGAGCGAGAAAGAGAAAGACGCGCUGAGAGACGCGCUCACGGCCGCUCAACAGGAGGCGCAGCGAGCUCUGCGUACCGCCCUGUCCGACCACCAGGAGGAGCUGGAGAGACUGACCAAUCAGAAGGAGGCGCUGCGCUGCAGUCUGGAGGCCGAACGGGAGGCGGCGCUGCGGCGCGUCCGAGAACACCUGGAGGAGCAGACGAUCCGUCUGGAGAAGGAGCGCGACGAGCUUCAGGAGGAGCUGCGUUCCCUCCAGCGCGACCGGGACCAGAGUCUGUUACAGGCCGAGACGGACAAACAGCAGGCGCUGUCCGUGAAGGAAGCGGAGAAGGCGGUUCUGUCGGAGAAGGUGAGCUCCCUACAGGCCGAGCUGAGCACUGCAGCGCUGGAGCUGGAGAGACUGAACCGGGAGACGGCGCUCCUCAGAGACCAGGAGCGGACUGCAGCUGCGGCUCUAAACGCUGAACUGCAGGAGCUGCGCAGUCAACUGCAGGACGCGGCCGGCGCACACGGACGUGAGCUGCGCAGACUGCAGGAGAACUGCGCCGACCAGCAGACGCGAGCGGAUACGGCGCUCAGCGAGCUGGAGGAGUGUCGCGCGCUGCUGUCGUCCAGCGAGGAGAGCCGUGACGGAGCCAGACGAGACCUGCUGGAGAUGGAGAAACGCUUGUGCCAGAUACGGGACGCGGGGGAGGGGCACAGGCGAGAGGGGGUGGAGCUACGGCACUCCCUCAGUGAUGUCAGCAAGGAGAGGGACGCUCUCAGCCAAUCAAACGUGCAGCUGAGGGAGGCGCUGAGAGCGGCGGAGAGCGAGAGAAUCAGUGUGAAGCGCGUGUGUGAGGAGAAGGAGCAGAAGGUGUCUCUGCUGGAGGAGAAUCUGGCGUCUGCGCAGAAGGAGGUGUCGGAUCUGCGCAGCUGUCUGCGUGAGGUGGAGAGGUCCAGACUGGAGGCGCGCAGGGAGCUGCAGGAGCUGCGCAGACAGGUGAAGGUUCUGGACGUGGAGCGCGAGCAGAAGGGGAAGCAGCUGGCCGAACUGCAGGCGCGUCUGUCGGUGGAGGAGCAGAAAGACGAGGAGCGAGCCCGAGAACUGAUCUCGCUCAAACAGAGACUCGCCGACAACGAAACUAGCAGGAGCUCUCUUCAGAAAGAGCUGUCUUCUCUACAGCGGCGUCUGAGCGAGAGCGAGUCGUGCUGGCGCGGUCGCGAGCGCGAGUUGGCGUCUCAGCUGCAGGAGGCUCGCGGCUGCGAGAAGAAGCUCCAGGACGAGGCGCGUAACCUCUCGGUGCGAGCUCAGUCGGCCUGCGACGCGUCUGCGCAGAUGCAGCUGGAGCUGAGCGAGGCGCAGGGUCGUCUGGCUGCGACGGAGGCGGAGCUGUCGCGUGCGGAGGCGUCCCGCAGGGAUCUGGAGUUCAGGCUGUGCAGCCUUCAGUCGGCGCUCACGCGCACGCUGGGCAUCGGGGCCGGUGGGCGGAGCGGCAGCAGGGGGCGGAGCCCGGCAGGCUCCUCCCCCUCCUCUCUGACCUCAGGGAUGAUGUCUCGCCACCGGAGCGUGUCUCCGCUGCACUGCUCGCUAUCGCCAUCCAAAGACGUGGCAGGUAACGUCACUCCUGAUAACACCAUCGUGUUGCGGCCGCUGUCUCCAGAGAGGACGGACGCCCCGCUGCCCGUCGCCCUGCCGGAGCUGGACCCGGAAACCCUGCGCAGCGGCCUCAGAGACUUCCUGCAGGAGCUGCGCGAGGCUCAGAGAGACAGAGACGAGGCGCGGGGUCAGCUGGGGUCACUGCAGAGGGAACUGGAGGAAGUGACGGGAGAGAGAGACUCCGCCCACCAGCGCCUCAUUCAGCUACACCACACGCUACAGGAGAGCCAAGAGGAUAAGCGUGCGGCGGACGAGAAAAUGUCGUCGACUCAAGCUCUGCUGCAGCAGCAGGAAGAGUCCCUGCGGAGAGCGGACCGAGACCGACGAGCGCUAAACGAGCGAAUCAAAGAGCUGGAGAGACUUUCGCUGAACACCGAGACUGAGCGCAAGCGCGUGGAGGAGCAUUGCAGCAAGCUGCGCGGCAGCGAGGCGCGUUUGGAGGCGGAGCGUCGGCGGCUGCGUGAGGCUCUGGAGGCGGCCGAGGGGCGUGGCACACGGGUGGAGCUGGGGAGGCGGAGUCUGGAGGGGGAGCUGCAGAGACUGAGACUGAGUCUGGCCGAGAGAGAGAUGGAGAUCCAGACGGCUCACGACCGACACGACAGCGCCAUCAAACAGGUGGCGGAGGGUGAAGCUCGCGUCGCGUCUCUUCAGCGUGAGGUGGAGCGACUCACGGCGCUGUUGUCUAAAGUUCAGGACGGAGAGAGCGUUCAGAGAGAGCGAGCGCUCGCGCUUUCCCAGAGCCUGCAGGAAGCCACCGCCGCCCACAGCGCCACCCAGGGGCGUCUCACCGCACUGCAGAAAACACUGGGACAGGCUGAGAACGAACGCAGACAACUGCAGGAGCGUGUAGACGGACUCAGAGCGUCCGUGUCGGACGGGAAGCGUAUUAUCGCCACACUAACGGAGCGUGUGCAGACACUGCAAUCGGAACUGACCCAGAGUCAGCUGCGCAGAUCUGAGCUGGAGACGGAGCUGCACAACACUCAGGAGGCUCUGCGGCAGAAAUCAGACAGUCUGAUGGAAGCCCAGCGCAGUGUGCAGUCUGUGCAGACAGACAGAGCGUCUGCAGAGGAGCGUCUGCGCAGCCUACAGAGAGCCGUGGCCUUACUGGAGACAGAGAAGAGAGAUGCAGAGCGUCAGGCCGUCCGGCUGGAGAAAGACAAGGCUGCGCUGAGAAACACUCUGGACAAGGUGAGACAGUCGUCUGUCUGUCAUCUGUCUGUCUGUCUGUCUGUCUGUCGUCUGUUUGUCUGUCUGUCUGUCUGUCUGUCUGUCUGUCUGUCUGUCUGUCUGUCUGUCUGUCAGUCUGUCUGUCUGUCUGUCUGUCUGUCUGUCAGUCUGUCUGAAGAGUUGUGCGGCGUCAAAAAGAAGAUUGCGUUGUGUCUGGCUCAGCUGGCGGAACUGGAGCAGAGUCACAGCGCCAGCGAGCAGGCGGCCCGUCUGCGUGAGGACGCCCAGCGGGAGGCCGAGAGACUGCGCGUCAGUCAGAGAGAGGCCGAGCGGACGCUGGCGGCCCGAGAGAGAGCGCACCGGCAGCGCGUCAAGGGUCUGGAGGAGCAGGUGUCCACGCUCAAGGAGCAGCUCCAGCAGGAGAUCCGCCGCAGAACGCCGUCGCUGUCGUCCACGGUCAGCUGAUCCACACCGAUUCACAGCUCUGCCGCGUCUUCACAACUGCGUCCGGUGCCACCUCGCUUACACAGUGUUUGUGUGCUAAAUGUGCACUGCAGUUUUACUGCGCUUCAUGUUUGUGGAUGUUUCUUAACAUAUUUUACCUUUCUUAGAAAAAAUUGGAGUAUUUUUAACAAAAUGGUGAAUCUAUGAAAGCUUGUUUCUGCCACAGAAGGUAAUUGUGACUUUUUAGUCUUAUAAUUAGUUUAUGUACAGUUAUAAACAAUACAGUUUAUAUCUCACAAUACCCUGAAUCGCACGGAAAAAAGGUCAGAAUUGUAACCUAAAAAGUCGCAAUUAUCUUUUUUAAUUUAUUUUGUGGUGGAAACAAGCUUCCAUGUGAAUCUUUUAAAGCCCGUCCAGAAAUGUCAGAACACUAUUUACCCCAAAACCAAAAGGAAAAAAAAGUAUUUUGCUUAAAAAGAGUUGAGCCUAUGUUUAGGACCAAUAUUUUUUUUACAAUGUGACUUUAUACAUUACAGUGUACGAUAGCAUUUUAGUGCCACCUUAAAAUGUUUUUACAAAUCUAAAAUUACGAGUAAUCAAUUAUAAUAUUUUAAGAAUAACGUCAAAAUAUUUCAAGAAUAAGGUCGAAAUUACGAGAAAAAAUUGAAAUUUCAAGAAUAAAGUCGAAAUGUUUAGAGAAUAAAGUAAAUAUUUUGAGAAUAAAGUCAAAAUUUCGAGAAUGAAGUUGAAAGUGUGAGAAUAAAGUUGAAAUGUUUCAAGAAUAAAGUUGAAAUGUUUCAAGAAUAAAGUCGAAAUUAUGAGAAUUAAAUAGAAAUUAUGAGAAUAAAGUCUAAAUGUGCCACGUUAUUCUCGAAACACUUUGCCUUUAUCCUCAUAAUUUUGACUUUAUUUGUUUAAAUAUUUCGACUUCAUUCUUGUAAUAUUACAACUUCAGUUUUGUAAUCUUAGAUUUUUGUAAUUUUUUAAUGUUGAACUAAAACGCUGUCGUAUUAAUGAGAAUUAAGCACAUUUUAUUCUCGUAAUUCAUGUUACUGUAAUGGUAAAAAAGAGUUUUGCAGACAUGUUUUUAGAGGGAAAAUAUAACUGUCUUAAUGGAUGAACAAAGUGCUCACAUUCCCUAAACACUGACACACUCAACACUUGAUAAAUACUUGAAUAUUUUACUGUAAUAUUUAUAGUUCAUGUGAAUGAGUUCAGGAACUGACUUUGAACCAUUUUUUUAAAUACUGAAACAAUUGUGAACUGUCAUGUUUUAUAAUUUGUAAUGCAGUAAUUUUACUAUUAUGUUUUUACCUCAACUGAUUGUUGACAGGUCAUUUUUAUCAACUAGUGAUGUGAACUGAUGUUAAUCCACUCACCCUUCAGUUAAACCCGCUCUCAAUCUGAAAUAUAAACAUUUCACUUACGUUUUGCUGUUGAGUUUUCGCCGCUGAAGUGUCCACUUUAACAGUGAGACUGACUCAUAAACACAAGACCUAAGAAAACGUGUGUAAAAUGUCCGUUUCAUCACGUCAAAAGUCUCUGUCAAAGCUGUUGAUCUCACCGCUGGUCGCGCGCGCUUUACUCCGGGAGCGCGUGCACGUGAACAAACGGAUUUUGGCGGGAAUGGCGCGAAUUACUGAGGUGAGACACUCGACGGCAAACUAUAUCAAUAAUUGUUAUUUUAAUUCAUUUUCAAAAGCAAUAAUAUUAAGGUGCAGGUUACAUACAGUUAAAUCAGAAGCAAAGAAAACAUCUGGAGCGAUCAUCAUCGCGUCAAUGGCUUAUUGUGUAUCGUUACUAAAAACAAAAGGCAUUUUAAUUGAUGUUUUAAAACUGCUCAGUCUUUUGGUCCGUGUGUGUAUACAUGUGAAUGAGAUACAGUCUUACUCCUGUUGCUAGAACUGUUUUUGUACACAUUAAAAUGUUUUGAAAAGUU